AUGGCGAGAAUACUCCUCUGUCUAGCCGCCCUCCUCGCGGCAGCAUCAACCACAUUCGCAACCUGCACCAACCCCUCAAUCCGCAAACCAUGGACCGCCCUAUCGAAAGACGAAAAGGCAAGCUACGUGACCUCGACACUCUGUCUAAUGGACCCCUCCCAAGCGCCAGCCAGAGUCGGAAGUUGGGGCGCAACGAGCCGCUGGGAGGAGUUGAUUGUUGCGCAUAUUGCGCAAGUUCGGUAUAUUCAUACAGUGGGCGCCUUAUUCCCCUGGCAUAGAUGGUACACCAAAAUCCACGAAGACCUCCUCCGCAACGAAUGCGGCUACACCGGCCCAUACCCCUACUGGGACGAACAAACAGAUCAAUCCCUCUACCCAAUCCAAAACGCUUCCGUCUGGGACACCGUAUCCUACGUCAAAGCCUUCGGCACAGACAGAACCGACGCCUCGAACUGCAUUCUCGACGGCGCUUUUGCGGACUACCGCGUCCGCUUUAACACAGAGCUCGAACGCGAUGCGACAGACGGAGGCGGCGUCUGUCUCACGCGCGCGCUAAACCAGACGGCAUUCGAUACGGUUUCCCAGCUCAAUGUCGUGGAGCCCUGCAUGGCGCUUGACAAGGGCGAUGAUUACGCCGAGAUGUUGGGUUGUUUGGGGAACACACCGCACAGUGGAGGUCAUCUAGGCGUCGGUGGCAUCAUGCGCGACCACGCCCGCUCCCCAGCGGACCCAAUCUUCUACCUCCACCACACAAACUUCGACCGCCUCUGGUGGGAAUGGCAGACUUCCUCCCCAGGGAGGCUCUCCGCAAUGGGCGGUCCCAACGUCGCGGCUAACCAAAUCUUUCUCGACGCGCAGCCAAAGAUCCUGCCGGAGAACAUGUUCCUCCCGUACUUUGGCGAUGGGGGUGGCAAUGUCACGACGCUGGAGCAUGUUUUGUGGAUGCCUGGGUUGGCGGAGAAUAUUACCAUCAAGGACACGAUGGACAUCCGCGGGGAUAAGAUGUGUUUCGAGUAUGUUUGA